AUGGACGCAAAAGAGUCGGGACAGAUGGGUCUGGCAACUGUGCUGUACUACCUAACCACUACCAUACUAGCGACAUUGCUUGGAAUAACUCUUGUGAUGACGAUACAUCCCGGUGAUCCGUCUAUAAAAGGCGAAGAGCUCGCCGAUGUAGCUGAUACAGACGUUUCACCUCUGGAUACGUUCCUGGAUUUAGUUAGGAACAUGUUCCCGGAAAACAUUAUCCAGGCGACGUUCGAGCGUGUACAGACGAAGUACGUGGCGCAUCGGCCACAUAUUUCAAAAAAUGCUUCUGAUGACGUCUUUAUUAUGAAGAAAACGAUCAGCCCCACUCGUGGCAUGAACAUUCUU